UAGGGACUUUAGUCCUAGGAAGAUUUGGUUUUCUUUCUCAUUACAUUACUCUGAUUUCGACUGGUAAUAAAUCACACUAAUUUCCCUAAGUCCUGUCUGUUUUGCCGGUGACAGUAAUUGCUGAGUGAUGUCCCUGUCCUUAUCUCAACCCACAAGCCUUUCGUUAUAUUUCAUCUCCCCUGUCCGGCUGAGGAGGGGAACAGCAGAGCAGUUUUUGAAGGCACCUGGUGUCCAACCAGGCUCUAACCACAAUAAUAACUCAAGCUGAGAACUACAAGUGAAACUAGUUGUCUCGCCACACCCGCUAACUAAGAACUCCAGAGCGAGUAGAGAAACUAGGGCAGGAUUUAUUUUUUUUUUAAUGUAAGGAAACCAAACUUACAUAAUUUAGAGUUUUAUCGCUUGAUCCUCAGCUGUGGCUUUCUCUAGUACCCUGCUCUGUGCCAGAGGAAUGGCCUUGGGAGGGACUGAUAGGCAAGAACAACUCGCUGUUAAGGGAACUUCCAUGAAGGGAUGGCCGAGUGCAAGAUAAAGAUAAAAAUGCAGCAGUAAAAAUAAUUUCACAUUACUGUGGUGCAUACUGGCGUUCUGAUAAAAGGGGGUUAUAUAUGAAAAGAAUAUCGUACAAAUGAUCGUUCUAAAAAACGAAUCUAACUUAAAACUAAGCAAAAUCCCCUCUGUCAUUGUUCUUUAAAGAAAAUACUUGUUUUAAAGGUGGCUUUUUGUGUAACUCUCUGGUGUAUCUGGUGUCUGUGCUGCUCCCCCAUCCUUGCCUAACCAAGUCUUUUGACAUAUUUCCAAGGAAAAUAAGAACGACGGAUCUGCUACCCUGUGUUUCAUUUUUAAAAAUCGUUUUAAGAUACAGAUUUGUCAUCCCUCAGAGGAAGGUUUCUGAUCUACAUGGCAGUGCCCAGGCUUCUGCUUCCCCAGCUGAGAUAUAUGCUAAGAAUAAAGGGAAGUGGAUUCGGUGCCAGAGGCAGCCAGUGCCCAGACUGCCCCCGCUCCCCCGUCUCCGGGGAUGUGAUACCCGUCGAGCCAAGGAUCGGAUCCCAGCUUGGAAUUUGGGAGAUUCAGCUACGCCUCUGAAUCCCUUCCUGAAACGUGGGCUUUAAAGGACUGUGAACCGCAGAUGAUAAAAUUAAAACGAUAUUAUUUUUUUUUUUCUUCUUCCCUGCAUGAACAUAAAGAACUUUUCUUCAUUGCAGUUUUCUUCUUCCACUUGAGCAAACGGUAAACUGAAAUACAGUCAACCUUUCUGUCUGAAAUGCUCCCGAGGAUGAAGCAGGCAAACCCAGCAGGGAAGCGAGAGCGCUGUGUGCGCGCAGCCAUUACUCAGAAAAAGCUGUCUCUUCACAUCCCUCUGUGACCAUCUCUUCGUUUUAAAGACUAACUACUUCCUUCUCCUCCUCUCCCCCUAGAAGAAAUGUUUCCUUCCCCGUUUCUUUUAACGGCUAAGCAAGGCAAUAGCAAAGUAGGUACAGCCAUUUCCAGACCGAGUGGAAGCUGACAAAUCAUGCCUUCUAGUUUCACUUUCUGGCAGUCCUACGAAACCUUGAAAAUUUAUUUUGGCUAUCUAGAAAAGCUGAGUAAAACAACCACAUUUAUUUCGUUCGUAUCUGAUGUCACAUCUGAAUGCGGGUCUCCAGAGGUGAUAUAUUAAUGUCCUAAAGCGUUGCACCAUCUGGUUCCUCUUUUGAUGUGCAACAUUUUGAAUGCUUGGUUUAAUCUCCCUGGGUUUCAGUAAAUUAUGUAAACUCGGAGGCUUGGCAGCGGGAGAUGGGCACCAUGAGGAGAUGAUUCAGUCAUCAAUAUCUAUUGGGCUUCCUUAUUGCUGCCAUUACACUUCUUUUAGUUCUACUUAUAAAUUUUGCAAGUGAAUAAUUCACCGCAUGAGGAGCUGCAAGUUAGUUUUGGAAUUUGCCCACUCUGAGAUUACCUGUGACUAAUCCAUCCUUUCAAACACGGAAAAAAAAACUAACUGGGCUUCUAUUUUCCAGGGUUGGGUGAUAAAUCAGAAAUAAAUUGCAUGUAUAUGUAACUGCUGGUGAUGACAUAAAUCACAUUCCCUUUCUUCUUUCUGGACAGAAUUGGAGCACCUCGGAAUAGAUGCGAGUACAAGACUUUGCACGGGUGAAAGCUCCCUUGGAAAGCCAUGGCUGCCGCCCCUCAUCUCAACUCGGAUGCGCUCCGAGAGGUCCUGGAGUGCCCCAUUUGCAUGGAGUCCUUCACCGAGGAGCACCUGAGACCCAAACUCUUACACUGCGGGCACACCAUCUGCAAACAGUGCUUGGAGAAACUCCUGGCAAACAGCAUCAAUGGGAUACGCUGCCCCUUCUGCAGCAAAAUCACCCGGAUCACGAGCUUGGCUCAGCUGACCGACAAUCUGACUGUGCUGAAGAUCAUAGACACCACCGGACUGGCCGAAGUGGUGGGGCUUCUCAUGUGCAAGGUGUGUGGGAGAAGGUUGCCAAGACACUUUUGCAAGAGUUGUAGCUUGGUUUUAUGCGAGCCGUGCAAGGAGACAUCCCACAUGCCCCAAGGCCAUCGAGUCAUUGCUAUCAAAGAGGCUGCUGAAGAGCGUAGGAGGGAAUUUGGGACGAGGCUUGCCAGACUUCGGGAGCUCAUGGGUGAUCUGCAGAAAAGAAAAGCGUCUCUGGAGGGUGUUUCCAGGGACCUGCAAUCUAGAUACAAAGCAGUCCUGCAAGAUUACAGCAAAGAAGAGCGCAAGAUCCAGGAAGAACUGGCCAGGUCACGCAAGUUCUUCACCACCUCUCUGUCUGAAGUGGAGAAGGUAAAUAACCAGGUAAUGGAGGAGCAAGCUUAUCUGCUGAACUUAGCAGAAGUGCAGAUAAUGUCUCGCUGUGACUAUUUCUUGGCCAAAAUAAAGCAGGGAGACAUAGCUCUCUUGGAGGAGGCGGCAGAUGAGGAAGAACCAGAACUGACCAACAGUCUCCCGAGGGAGCUGACUCUUCAAGAGGUUGAACUCCUUAAGGUGAGCCACGUGGGACCGUUGCAGAUUGGGCAGGUGGUGAAGAAACCCCGCACCGUUAACGUGGAGGAAUCGCUCAUGGAAACUGCGGCAUCCUCAUCGGCGGCGUUUCGGGAGCCUGACUUUGUGCAAGAAGAAGCCAGCUGCACGCCAAACUCCUCCCCAGCCAAGCCGAGGAUGCCCGAAGCAGCCCCCAGCAUCCAGCAGUGUCACUUCAUCAAGAAGAUGGGCUCCAAGGGCAGCCUCCCGGGGAUGUUUAACCUCCCCGUCAGCCUCCACGUCACCCUGCAAGGAGAGGUGCUCGUGGCAGACCGGGGCAACUUCCGAAUCCAGGUUUUUACCCGCAAAGGCUUCCUGAAGGAGAUCCGCCGGAGCCCUAGCGGAAUCGAUAGUUUUGUAUUGAGUUUCCUUGGAGCAGAUUUGCCCAAUUUGACUCCCCUUUCGGUCACCAUGAACUGCCACGGCCUGAUAGGUGUGACGGACAGCUACGAUAACUCCGUCAAGGUCUACACCAUGGAUGGUCACUGCGUGGCGUGUCACCGCAGCCAGCUCAGCAAGCCCUGGGGCAUCGCCGCCCUGCCCUCGGGGCAGUUUGUAGUCACCGACGUGGAAGGGGGCAAGCUCUGGUGUUUCACUGUGGACCGUGGCGUGGGGGUAGUGAAGUACAGUUGCUUGUGUAGCGCCGUGCGCCCCAAGUUUGUCACCUGCGACGCCGAAGGGACCAUAUAUUUUACUCAAGGGCUGGGGCUCAACCUGGAGAACCGGCAGUACGAACACCAUCUAGAAGGAGGCUUCUCGAUUGGAUCCGUCGGCCCGGACGGGCAGCUGGGACGCCAGAUUAGCCACUUCUUCUCCGAGAAUGAGGACUUCAGGUGCAUCGCCGGGAUGUGCGUCGACGCCAGGGGAGACCUCAUUGUUGCUGACAGCAGCCGGAAAGAAAUCCUGCAUUUUCCUAAAGGAGGUGGCUACAAUAUCCUCAUCCGGGAAGGACUCACCUGUCCCGUCGGUAUCGCCAUCACUCCCAAAGGGCAGCUGCUGGUGCUGGACUGUUGGGAUCACUGCAUUAAGAUCUACAGUUAUCAUCUGAGAAGAUAUUCCACCCCUUAAAGGCACGUCUCUAAGCAAAGCCUCUUUUGGGCAGCAGAGAUUAUUCCAGCCUCAUGGCAAUCUGAUGGGACCCAGUGUGAAGGGUUCGGGAAGAUCGUGCCGUAACCGAAGAGGGGUUUGGUGUAGAGGAUCGUGUUUUGUGUUUAGAAACAAAAUAGCUUCUGUGGUGGUGGUUUGCUUUUUCUCCUUCUUUUUGAUAUAAAAUCCGUACAGUAAAAAAAGAACAAGCGCAAGGGAGAGUAUUGGUUCCUUGCUAAAUGCCUGGUCACUCCAUAAACCUUCUCACCUCCUCACACCACAUCUCCUCCACUUCCAGCCUCAACCACUGCAUCUUUCUUUGUGCCAUAAACACUGACUGACUGCUCUAAAUCACCUUCCCUUCGAGGACCGGAGAGGCAAUCCUCUUCUCGCCGUGCUACUCGUAAGGAACCGGGUAGCAGUUGUCUGGGCAACUACCAGAGAAAGCAAUUUCUGAUUGCAGCACUGCAUAAAACAAAAUAGCCCUCUUAAACCAGGCGGAGAUGGAGCUUUACUUUCAAACUGGCGAGGGAGGGUUUUCUCGCCCCGUUUUUCUGGUAUUCAGGACCUCGCCCCCGUUGUGCCAUUCGUGACGGUGUCUGUUUGAUGUGCAGUGAGUACCGGGGCCAUCGUUGGAGACAGAAAACUGCCCUCUGAUGGCAACAGGGUUUUUAUUACUACUACGGGUCCUGCGGGGUAGAAGGAGGGGGGUAAAAAGGGAGGGAGCUUGGAGGGGAAAAAAUAUAAUUGGGAAACCUAUGGUUGAUCUUCACUGUUUUGAUUA